GUAUAUGGCAAUAACAUAAAUAGCCAAUCCGGGAUGACUUGGAGAGAAACAUUCGGCCGAAGCAUGACAAAAGCCGCGUUUAGUGUGCUGAGAAGAGACAUGGAAUCAGGAUAGCCGAGCGGGCUAUGGGAGAGAGAGAGAGAGAGAGAGCAGACAAUACAAUACAAUACAAUGAAGAGCUGGGUGAUGUCCCUGCAUGGAAUGGGAGCGCCAUGGCCAGAGUACAAGUCCCGUGUAUGGGGCUUGACCUGCAUAGACAGAUUGCAUACUUGUAGAUGGAGCAAUACACAAGUAGCAAUGGCUCGCCGGAGCAGAUUGUGGUGCAGGCUGGGCAAAUCCAACAGCAGCAGCCUGGUGCUGUCACUGCUGUCCAGUUACAGACUGAGGCUCAAGUGGGAGCAGCCUCUGGGCAGCAAGUUCAGACCCUCCAGGUAGUACAAGGCCAGCCACUCAUGGUUCAAGUCAGUGGAGGACAGCUAAUUACAUCCACAGGGCAGCCUAUCAUGGUACAAGCUAUGAGUGGACAAGGCCAAACUCUAAUGCAAGUCCCUGUGUCUGGAUCCCAAGGCCUUCAACAGAUUCAGCUGGUGCAGCCAGGGCAGAUCCAGAUCCAGGGGGGACAAGCGGUGCAGGUUCAAACACAGCAGGGGCAAACUCAACAAAUAAUUAUUCAGCAACCACAGACAGCAGUUACUGCAGGCCAGAAUCAGGGUCAGCAACAGAUUGCUGUUCAGGGUCAGCAGGUGGCACAGACAGCUGAAGGACAAACUAUUGUUUACCAACCAGUAAAUGCAGAUGGAACAAUUCUACAGCAAGUUACUGUGCCUGUUACUGGAAUGAUCACCAUACCUGCUGCUAGCCUGGCAGGGGCUCAGAUUGUUCAAGCUGGAGCAAACACAAAUACAACCAAUAGCAAUCAAGGAACAGUUACUGUCACCCUACCAAUGACAGGGAAUGUUAUGAACUCGGGAGGUAUGGUAAUGAUGGUACCCGGUGGAGGCUCUGUUCCAGCACUGCAAAGAAUACCGCUUCCUGGAGCUGAAAUGCUGGAGGAAGAACCUUUGUAUGUAAAUGCCAAACAAUAUCACCGAAUAUUAAAGCGAAGGCAGGCAAGAGCUAAAUUGGAGGCAGAGGGUAAAAUCCCCAAAGAGAGGAGAAAAUACUUGCAUGAGUCACGACAUCGUCAUGCUAUGGCUAGAAAGCGAGGAGAUGGUGGACGUUUUUUCUCCCCUAAAGAAAAAGAAGAACACCACUUACACGUACAGGAAGUGGAAUUUCAUUAAUACAGAUCUGUAAAAAUGGAUUCAUCUCAGGGAAGAGAUGUUUUUACACAGAUGAUGCAACAAUUCUGACAGUGUCCUAAACACAACAAAAACGAUGCCACCUUACAACUCCAAGACGACUUCAGAUUUUUAACAAUCCUCAACCCAGCAUUAACAUAUUGGACUUUGUUCUUAAAGUGCACCUACCACCAAGAAAAUCCUAGGCAAGCCUUUUCUUGAAUAAAUCAUGUGUUGUAUAUAAAUCUGGAUGAAAAAAAAACAAAAAAAAAAAAGUAGAGCAGAAAAGGGUCUGCAGUCAUACUGCGACAUAAAAAUUAAUGAAAAAAAAAAAUUAUUUUUUAAGUAAAGCGAUUUAAAAAAAAAAAAAAAAAAAUGUGGGCAGUAUUCAAAACACUCAAUGUGGUUUUACACUGAGGUGAAGAGCUGGCUGUCUUUUUUUUCAUAUCAUACAAGAAGCUGGACUCCUCAUCUGAGUUUGGAAAUAUGCAUUGUAGCGGUCUGUUUUUCUGGUUUACUGUUCUUUAAAUUCUUCUUCCUUUGUGUGAAGAAAAUGGCGGAAAGAGACUUUUCAUAUAUUGCAUAAGUUAUCAAAUUUAUAUUGAUUCUAGGUCUUGUUUUAUAUAUUUCUCAAGUCUCGUUGGCUUUAGGGACUCAUUUGGGUUACAGAGGUAGUACAAAAUGUGAUGUUUAAAUUUUUGUGGGGGAGAAAAAAACUGGCAUAAAAUGCCAUUACUUUUCUGUUCAAUAAGAUUAACCCUUCACUGAACAAGUACAAUUAAUCUGCUAUAACAGCAUUUUUAAUAUACUCACAAGCAUUGCUGUUUGCAUGCAGGAAUGUUUUAUUUCUGACUUUUUUUGAGUCUUGAGAACUAGAGCAGGCAUAAACUUGUGAAUUUGUUACUUAAACUAUUUGUACAUAAUUUGUUUUUGUUUUAUGAUACAGUAUUUCAUUUUUUUUUAAUUAGCUGUAUUUGUAAGUACUGUGUACCUUGCCCAGCUAAUAAAAGAAUUGUUUG